AUGGUGUCGGACGGCUUCCGCGUCGUCGAUGUUGACGACAUUGUGUACGAGGUUGACGGUGCCAUGAUCACUGUACAGGACGGUGAUGUGGACAUUGGUGGAAACCCAUCGGCUGAGGAGCAGCAGGAGGCACUGGACAAUGGUGCGCAGCAAGUGAUUAACUUGGUGCACUCGUUCCGUCUGCAGGCGACGUCGUUCGACAAGAAGAGCUACUUGACGUACCUGAAGGGCUACAUGAAGACGAUCAAGCAAAACCUGCAGGAGACCAAACCUGAGCGUGUGCCAGAGUUUGAGAAGAAGGCAGCUGAAUUUGCGAAGAAGGUUGUCGGCAAAUUCAACGAUUGGGAGUUCUACACGGGUGAGUCGAUGAACCCCGAUGGUAUGGUGGCCCUCCUGAACUACCGCGAGGAUGGUGUGACGCCAUACUUUGUGUUCUGGAAGGACGGUCUUAAGGAGGAGAAGAUCUAA